AUGUCAACAAUGCUAACCGAAGGUGAAAACACAUCUGGAAAUAGUGGAAGUAACAAUAAGCGUGGUGAUGUUGAGUUAAAUUCUGGUAAUUACAACAACAUUAUUGGUGUGUCAAAAAUUUCUACUAUAAUAGAUUUCACCAGACAAAAUAACAUAAACAGGAAAAAACUAUUUAAAAAAUUCCCAUUGAAUAAAUAUACGGCUAGUGAAAUCAACAAUUAUGUUGCAACUUUAAUUGAUAGUUUAAAAACUGGGCAAUACGAAUGUAAAAGGUUGGCAACAAGUCAACUUAUGGAAACUUCUAAUCACGGAGAUCUUUUUUGGAGAUGUCCAGGAUGUGAUUUACCGACAAACGCAUUUCCUAACUCUUACAAAUGUUUUUGUGGUAAAACUCCAAUAAAACCCACAAACACAACAACAAAUAGGAAAACCAUAACACCACAUGGUUGUGGUAACCCUUGUGGUAAGAAAUGCGAUAAUAAUUAUUGCACAUAUACUUGCAAAAGGUGCGGUCAUCAUUGUCAAGAUAUUUGCUCACAUGAUGAUGGAUGUGUUUGUAAGGUACGAAUACCAGUCAAGUGCAGAUGUGGUAGAACGGAAUUUUAUAGACUGUGCUCAGAGGUGCAUGAAAACAGUGGGCAGAUUCUUUUAUGUAAUAAAGUAUGUCAAGAUCUAAAAAGUUGUGGUACACAUAAGUGUAAUGUCGUAUGUUGUCCAGCAACCAAUAGAUUGAGAUUUAACAAUAAUAGUACGAGUGUAAAGGCACUUACAUGUAAAUGUGGUGGUAUAACAUCUCAUCCACCGGUCAAAUGUGGAACCAAGUUACCACCCUGCCCUUAUGAUUGUGAUCCUGCGGGUUACAUCAAGAAAAUGAGCAAUCAAAGAGGAAAGAAUGGUUACAUACCGAAAUCUGAAUCAGGACCUCGUAGACAAAAAUCUCUUAUAAGACCUGAGCGUGCAAGGAGAAAUCAACGUAGAAUAAGUAGAGGUGUGACAAAUUUUGCUGUCGAUGAUUCCACUGAGAGAUGGAGUAUCCUUCCUCCAAAUGCUCUUAAUAUUACUGCUAAUGGCAGUGUCGGGGCUGGUGGUAAUGGCGACGGUGGCGAUGAGAGACGUUUGAGUCGACCACUUAAUAGAAGACUUUCAACGAGAGAACCACCUAAAAAAAGAAAGUGGUAUAAAUGUCAAUGCUUUUCCACUUGGUUAAUAUAUACCAACUGUGUCACUUGUUGUAUUCCUCCUUCUCUAUUAUCUUGUUUUGGUAUGCAUGAUAAAUUGGUUCAAAGAGCUUGGAGAGAAAAAAUGGCUUUGGUAUCUAUAAUAUUGAUUCUUUGUGCCGCCGUGGGUUUCUUGACUUUUGGUUUCACUCAAGCUUUAUGUGGCAUACCUCCACCAAGAGUUCGUGUAGGCGGUGUCAGUCUGCAACAAGCUGUCAUACUAGGUAGUAUCUAUGAUCUAACCGACUAUCCACAUCCUGUUGAAUUACCUGAUAUCACUGAGAAAAAGGGCGGGAAUUUAUUGAAUGGUUUGGCCGGUGGAAAGGAUAUAUCAUUUUUAUUUCAAACUCUAAAUAACGAAUGUAAAAAUAUUCUAAUACCCAAAAAUGGAAAACUUCAAAACUAUUUCCCUUGUAAUGCAACUGAUGCAAUUGAUGAUUUUUCGGAUCUUAAGCCUACUGAUAAUCCUAUUAAUUUUGGGUGUCAUGAUGUCGACGUUUCAAAAUCUGAUAUUAAUGCUUUAAUUUAUGUCGGUGACGUAUUUUUCGAUUGGGAUGAUGUACAAAGAGGUGAUCGCAAUUUUGUUGUUCAUAAUGGUAAUGUGCUCGAUUUGGGAAAACUUAAAUAUUUGGUUCCAAACAUUGAGAUGAUUCCGUUACUAAAGCAAAUCAGUGUGACCGAAAUUGACAAUUAUCGAGGUCGUGAUCUAACUUAUUACAUGCAGCAAAAUGUGGAUCGCAUCCAAUUAGCAAAAUGUUUAGAGGAGACAAUCAGAGUUGGUGUUGUAGAUUUUAAUUCAAUAGGGUGUAUGAUCACUGAUGUUGUAACUUAUGUUUCGUUGAUGGUAAUCGUUGGUGUGGUAUUGGUCAGAUUUUCUUUGGCCGUAUUGUUUGGUUGGAUAUUAAGUUGGAGAUUGGGCAGUUUUCGUGAGGAAACCGCAGAGGAACUUGCUAUGCGUGAACGAGAUAUUGAAAAAUGGUCAGAUGAAAAUGUACAUUUUAAACCACCACCUGCUCCCUCUUCUCCCGCCACUAACAACAGAAAUUCGUUCAAAUUUUUAAGUACAUCAAGAUAUUCAACUCAAUCACCAGGUACUGGAACUUAUGAUCGUAACAGAAGAGUAGACAAUCGUUCCACAAGGAUGUACAAUUUGCCGAAUGGGAAUGGGUCCGGUGAGAAUAUUUUUAAUAAAAACAGUUCAACUACUUCCCUUGUAAGACCGUUAUCUACAACUAAUAGUUUUAACACAGGACACUUUAAAGAAACGGAUUCAGGAAGGACAAGUCGUCGCUCUUCUAUCAACGAGUACAAUCACACUCGUACUGACUCCAUGUCAUCUUCCACUUCAUCUCUUGCCCAGACUUCUUCUUUCCAGCAAUUACCCCAAGAGCCUGAACAACGUUUUAAUUUCCCGCUUAUACACACUAUAUUAUUGGUCACUUGUUAUUCUGAGGGUGAACAGGGCCUUAGAACCACUCUGGACUCGUUGGCUAAUACCGACUAUCCCUCUUCACAUAAGCUUAUUAUGGUGAUAGCUGAUGGUAUAAUAAAAGGAUCAGGAAACGAUAAAUCAACUCCAGAUAUUUGUUUAUCAUUGAUGAAUGACUUCUUCAUAUUACCAGAAUUGGUACAAGCUCACUCCUAUGUUGCUAUUGCUGAUGGUAAAAAACGUCAUAAUAUGGCAAGAGUUUACGCUGGUUUCUAUAGUUAUAAAGAUUUGGAAAAUAAAACUAAACGCAUACCAAUGGUAACUGUUGUAAAGUGUGGUGGUCCAGAAGAACAGGACGACAAGAAACCUGGUAAUAGAGGAAAAAGAGACUCUCAAAUUAUUUUAAUGGGCUUUCUACAAAAAGUCAUGUUUGAUGAAAGAAUGACACCUCUUGAGUAUGAGUUUUUUAACGCAGUUCGUAAUGUUAGUGGCGUCACACCAGAUUACUUUGAAAUUGUUCUGAUGGUUGAUGCUGAUACUAAAAUUUAUCCUGAUUCAUUAACUCGUAUGAUUGCUUGUAUGUCAAGAGAUCCUAAUGUAAUGGGACUUUGUGGUGAAACAAAAAUUGCAAAUAAAACUGAUAGCUGGGUUACUGCAAUUCAAGUUUUUGAAUAUUAUAUUAAUCAUCAUAUGCAAAAAGCAUUCGAAUCAAUAUUUGGUGGUGUUACAUGUUUACCCGGUUGUUUCUGUAUGUAUCGUAUCAAAGCACCAAAAGGACCAAACGGAUACUGGGUACCAAUUUUAGCAAAUCCAGAUAUCGUUGAACAAUAUUCUGAAAAUAUAGUUGACACACUUCACAAAAAAAAUCUUUUACUACUUGGAGAAGAUCGCUACCUAACAACCCUGAUGCUUAAAACUUUUCCUAAAAGGAAAAUGAUGUUUGUGCCACAAGCUAUUUGUAAAACAAUUGUCCCAGACACAUUUAAAGUUCUGAGAUCUCAAAGACGUAGAUGGAUCAAUUCAACAGUUCAUAACUUGUUGGAACUUGUGCUGAUACCAGAUUUGUGCGGUACAUUUUGUUUCUCUAUGCAAUUUGUCAUAUUUAUGGAAUUGGUGGGAACAGUGGUGUUGCCAGCUGCAAUUACAUUCACAGUGUAUCUUGUCAUCAUAUCGUUUGUUAAACGUCCUGUACCAGUGAUACCUCUAUUACUUUUAGCAGCUGUUUUAGGUUUGCCAGCCGUGCUUAUAUUACUCACCACACGAAAACUUAUUUAUGUUGGAUGGAUGUUGGUUUAUUUGUUUUCGCUACCGAUAUGGAAUUUUGUUUUACCUGUUUAUGCAUAUUGGCAUUUUGAUGAUUUCUCAUGGGGACAAACGAGAGUGGUUGAGGGUGAAGUCUCUGGUGAGGAUCAUUCACGUAAAGAAGGUGUAUUUGACAGUUCGAGAAUAGUGAUGAAGAAAUGGGCAGAAUGGGAAAGGGAAAAACGAAUGAAGAUACGUAAUUCACAGUUAAUACCUUUCUCAACGGCUCAAAUGUCGCCCGAUGAAAAUUACAAUAAUGUACUAUCAUCAGCAUCAUCAAUAACAUCAACACCUGCUACACUAACUACAACACCACCUUCGGCUUUUGCUUCCUCAAGGCCUACAUCUGUGAUAUCAAAUUUUGCUGGUUUCGACAAAUCAUAUUUACAAUCAGCUCCACCAUUACCAUUUAAUCCACGUGGAGGAGUUAGUAAACGUACAAGUACAAGGCCCCGGGCUGAUUCUUUGAUGAUACCACCACCUUUAGCGGGAGGUCCAAUAUUAGGAAAUAAUAAUGUUUUUACUAGUAGUCCUGCUAGCAGUUUAAUGUCAUCACCUCUUAGUUCGGCUCGUAGUAGUGUAGUAUAUCAUGAUAACCUCAAUCAUAGUCAUAGUAAUAGUAAUAAUAGCACUGUACAGAAUUACUUGUCGAAAUAUCCAGAUACUAUACGGGGCGAUAAUGCUGUUUCUUCCGCCAGAAUAUGUUUCUCCUCCUCAAGA